UUUGAUCCUUUCUUCUCUGGUCCUCCCCUUUUUGAAGUGUCCACCUCUUAUCUCCUGAUAAUACAGACUGAACCAUAGGCAUUUUCACAUGCUCAGUUUGGUUUUUUUUUUUCUUGGGAGAGUGUAUGUGAUCAGCACAGGGCCAAUCAGCACUGUUUGGACAGAGCUCAGGGGUUCUGCAUCCUCCAAGAGCAGAAAGAAAACGCCUUCUACAAGCUUUAGCUAGUGCUGUGUUAGACACUGAUAGAAGCCACAAGACUGCUAUAACUGCUGAUGAGAAAAGGUAUUUAGCAAUUUAUAUAUACUAA